AUGCGCGAUCUCUACAUGAAGAAUGGGCAAGGAUUCGUGUUGGUAUACUCGAUUACGGCUCAGUCGACUUUCAACGAUCUCAUUGACCUUCGGGAUCAAAUCCUCCGGGUGAAGGAUAGCGAUGAGGUGGUAGUACCAAUGAUUUUGGUUGGGAACAAGUGCGAUCUCGAAGAUGAACGUGUAGUUGGCAAAGAUCAGGGACAGAACCUUGCACGACAGUUCGGUUCCGCCUAUCUUGAAACAUCGGCCAAAGCGAAAAUCAAUGUGAACGAGGUAGUUUUUACCUUUCUUUUGCAGAAGAAGAAUCAGCAACCCAAGGCAUCGCACGUAAAGGAACAGAUAGCGUUGAGACAAUGA